AUACCAUUUAAAGCAAUCUUAUAGCAUGUAUCAGCAUAUGGGCACGUUCUUGGAAGAAAUUCUUGGCGCAGUUGUCUUGGGUGAUAGCUAUUCAGGUCUUAAUCCAAAAUUUGAGAAGAAGCUCAUUAAAGUCUUGGCGGAUGGUAAUGAAUCGAGUGAUGGAAAAGUUGUGGUGGAUGAAAAAAAUGGAAAAUUAGUGAGAAUUUUAACGAAUGUGAAUGCCAAAGCUUACUAUAAAUUGUAUGCAAAGAAGCUUGGCCAUAAGGAACAGUCAGCUAAGAUAGGGAGUUUUAAGGAACAACGGAGAAGAUGGAGUCAUCCUCCGUUGAAAUUAGAGAUCAUCACUUCACUGUGUACUAAGUGAAAUUUAAAAAUAACUUCAUCUCAAUAAUU